CGGAGGGGGCGUGGCGGCUGCGGUUGCCAGGGCAACGGGGCGCGGCCUAGUGGAAGGGUUCCUGAUGGCGGCGGCGUCGGAGAGCCUGGAGACGGCGUCCGAACACGAGCGGAUCCUGAGGGAAGUGGACAGCACCGACACGGCCUGCCUCGGCCCCACCCUCAGGUCUGUCUAUGAUGGGGAGGAACAUGGGCGCUUUAUGGAGAAACUUGAUGCUCGCAUCCGGAACCACGACCGUGAGAUUGAGAAGAUGUGCAAUUUCCAUUACCAGGGCUUUGUGGAUGCCAUCACCGAGUUCUUGAAAGUCAGGGCAGAAGCCCAGAAACUCAAGAACCAAGUGACGGACACUAACAGGAAACUACAGAUGGAGAGCAAGAAACUGGUGGGAGCCAUGGAAGAGCUGAAACUGUGUCGCCUGCAACAGCGGAAUAUUUCUGCCACGAUGGAUAAACUCACGCAGUGCCUUCCUGUUCUGGAGAUGGACAGCAAAUUAAGGGAACAAAUGAAGUCCAAAAGACACUAUCCUGCCCUAAAGACCUUGGAGCACCUUGAGCAUAUGUACCUGCCUCAGGUGAGCCACUACCGCUUCUGCAAGGUCAUGGUGGACAACAUUCCCAAACUGCACGAGGAGAUCAAGGAAGUUUCCAUGUCUGACCUCAAGGACUUUCUGGAGAGCAUCCGCAAGCACUCGGACAAGAUUGGCGAGACAGCCAUGAAACAGGCCCAGCAGCAGAGGAGCUUGGAUGGCGUCGUGUCUCAUCCCUCGAAAGCUGGUCUCAGGAGACUGAAGAAAGAGGUGCACGCAAGUCCAGACCCUGAGGUCAAAAACACCAGCCCGAUGUCUGAGCAGGAUUCUGGCAUCUUGGAUGUGGAAGACGAAGAGGAGGAUGAAGAGGUGCCUGGUGCCCCGGAUCUGGUGGACUUCUCACCGGUUUACCGCUGUUUGCACAUCUAUUCGGUACUGGGGGCCCGAGAGACUUUUGAGAACUACUACCGGAAGCAGAGGCGAAAGCAGGCGCGCCUGGUGCUACAGCCGCCCUCCAACAUGCAUGAAACAUUGGAUGGCUAUCGGAAAUAUUUCAAUCAGAUCGUAGGCUUUUUUGUCAUCGAGGACCACAUCCUGCACACCAGCCAGGGAUUGGUGGACAGAGCCUACAUUGACGAACUGUGGGACAUGGCGCUCUCAAAAACCAUUGCUGCGCUCCGGACACAUUCGUCGUACUGCUCUGAUCCCAACCUUGUCCUGGACUUGAAAAACCUCAUUGUGCUCUUUGCUGAUACACUCCAGGGAUACGGUUUUCCUGUCAACCAGCUCUUCGACUUGCUCCUCGAAAUCCGGGAUCAGUACAGCGAGAUUCUGCUGAAGACCUGGGCAGGAGCCUUCCGGCAUAUCCUGGAUUCUGAUAACUACAGUCCCAUCCCAGUGGCCAAUGAAGAGCUGUAUCAGAAGAUGGUAGGACAGUUUCCUUUCAACGACACAGAGCUGGAAAAGCAAGCAUUCCCCAAGAAGUUCCCCUUUUCCGAAUUUGUGCCGCGCGUUUACAGCCAGAUCAAGAAGUUUAUCUACGCUUGCCUAAAGUUCUCUGAAGACCUUCAUCUGAGCUCCACUGAAGUGGACGACAUGAUCCGGAAGUCUACCAAUUUGCUGCUAACGCGAACGCUGAGCAACUGCUUGCAGAAUGUUAUUAAGAGGAAAAAUGUUGGACUGACAGAGCUGGUCCAGAUUAUUAUCAACACGACCCACUUGGAGAGGUCCUGCAGGUUCCUCGAGGAAUUUAUAACCAACAUCACCAACGUCCUCCCAGACACAGUCCACACCACAAAGUUAUACGGAACGACCACCUUCAAGGAUGCCCGGCAUGCUGCGGAGGAAGAGAUCUACACAAACUUGAACCAGAAGAUAGACCAGUUCCUACAGCUUGCGGAUUAUGACUGGAUGGCUGCUGAGGCCAGUUCGAAGGCAAGCGACUACCUGGUGGACCUCAUUGCCUUCCUGCGCAGCACUUUUGCUGUUUUUACACACUUGCCAGGCAAGGUGGCUCAGACGGCCUGCAUUUGCUGCAAGCACUUGUCCACUUCACUGAUGCAGCUGCUCUUGGAAGCCGAAGUCAGGCAGCUUUCGUUCUGGGGGCCCUGGCAGCAGUUCAACCUGGAUGUGGCCGAGUGCGAACAGUUUGCCAGAUCCGGGCCGGUGCCUGGGUUCCAAGGGGACACGCUGCAGUUGGCCUUCAUCGACUUGAGACAACUCUUGGAUCUGUUCCUCCAGUGGGACUGGUCGACAUACCUAGCUGACUAUGGGCAACCAACCUGCAAAUACCUUCGCGUGAACCCGACGACGGCCCUGAUCUUGCUGGAGAAGAUUUUGCGAGAGAUGAAAGACACCAGCCGCAAGAACAACGUCUUUGCGCAGUUCCGGAAGAAUGAGAGGGACAAGCAGAAGCUGAUAGAGACUGUGGCGAAGCAGCUGCGUGGCCUCAUUAACAGCCACCACUCUUGAGGGGACGGUGGUCCAGGCGGUUGCCCAGGUCGGGGUUUGGGACGGUGUCCGGGGGUCUGCGCCCUGCAGGGAGAGGAAGCUGCAUUUGGCAUGCGGAGUCUGCUGCUGCUCUGUGGAGGAAUGGGAUCUCACUGCCUGGACGCCUUUGACACCCUUGAUGGCAGGCACAUCUUCUGUUUUCUGCAGCUACCUCCUGCUUCUGGGGGCUUGGAGCCGCUUUGUAAAGGCCAUGAUGGAAGCCCCUUCUGGAAGACAAACACCAGGGACAUGGGUUGGGUUUUGUAAACAGUGCCAUUGUGUUAAAAAAAAAGGCGGUUGCCACGUCAGAGGUACACCCAGGUUUCUUCCAGAUGCCCCUUGGCAAGGAUGUGUUUUAUUUGGUUAUGCAUGGUAGUCACGUGCUUUAUGAGGCUGGAGGGGAUCCUUUUAGAAUGCAUUCCUCCCCCAAGGGGGCCUUUUCAUUCUGUUUUUGUGCUGGGGUGGCCUUUGUCCCAUGGUGAAGACACCAGUGUUUGGAUUUCCAGGUGGCACAGCUGGUCACGCAGGUGAUCCAGUGGUACCUUGCUCCAUGAAGCGGUUCCAGGGACCUGGUGCUGAACCUUGGGUAUUCAAAUAGUCCUUUUGCCUCAUGCUGGAGACCCUCUCUGUGGGGAUGGUGCUUCUUUGGGUCUGCUGUUCUCCUGUUUGAAAGGGAAAGUCUCCGUCCCCGUGAAACCCUGGCUAUUUGUAUAUUUAGUUUUCCAGUUGUCCAGUAUUCCAUGCCUAUAGUGAGUGUGAAGAAAGGGGCCUUGAGAUCUCUGGGUUUUAUGCACCAAGUGGUGCAGCUGAGAGUCGUAGAAGCAGCAAGGGAGGGUCUUGGGAUCUUGGGGGCUUUGGAGGGCCAAGCGCUCCAGAGCCAAUUUGCAGCAGGAAAAGGAGUUGGGAAUUUUUUCUUUUUCUUUUAAAGUGGGGAGAGAAGACCUUCUCUCCUUUCUCCUUUUGUGCUACCCUCCCUCUUUGCUGUCUGGUAUUAAAGGGAAUGAAUUCAAGGCCUUUGGAAGAACCCACCAAAGUGGUUCUGCAUUGCCUUCUGUUUUUGCACUGUGUUUUCUUUGGGCUCUGACUUGUAGUUCAGAGUUUUUUCUUUUUUAAAAACUUGUUUUGAGGACCUGUUUUGUGUUUCUGAGCCUUCCCCAGAAGUACCAGGUGGGUGUCCCUGCAGACGCCAGGGUUGUGGGGUUGCCGCAAUGCCAAAACCUCUUGCACAGGGGGCCUUGCGCAUCCCUCCACUGGACCUCAGUUACCGCCCUGACAUCCUUCUUUGGAGCAAGCUGCUUAUUUUAGACGGUAUUUCUCCGUGGUGUGUUUCAGUCGUCGUCUUCUUUUUAAAGGGUUUAUCAGCCUCUGAAUAGCAGUGGCUCUCUUUGUAAGCGAUCUGCUUUCAAACCAUCUCCCCCUCUUCAUUCUUUUCAGGGUUAUAAAAGGAUCAUAAGGGGAGGGCUUUGUUUAAUGUUUGUAGGAACUGUAUAAGAAUCUUCCUUUUCUUAAAAACAAAAAAGUUUCUAAAUAGGAGUUUUUGAAGAAGGGACUAGUUCACGCUGAGGGACAAGAGACCCACUGGAUUGCUUGGGGCAUCUCUUUCGGUUCACGUUUUCCCUUUAGGUGUAGGUCCAUAUCCCCUCCCAGUAAGAAAGUGUAGACGUCAUGUUUUGGGGGACUGUGAUAAAUCAGCAAAAGACUCCCAGAAAGUGGAAGAGCUCUUGUAUUUCUUCCACAUUGAGCCUCCUGUCCCCCAAAUUCUCAAUGUACUGCACCCACCUGCCUUCCAUUUCUUGAGGAAAAGAUGGUGGGAGGUUUGAGGCUGCCGUUCUUCUGGAGCAUUAGGGAAAUGCCAACCAAGGCUAAUGGUGCAGGUGGCCCCAGUGGCAUCGGGAGAUGUCCUUCAUGGCCAGCUUGGGGGGGACAGGGAGAAAAUUGUGUGAUGGUGCAAAGAGGAGGGCUGGAUGGGGCCAGUCCCACUUGUAGGAAUAUGUGAGUGCCACUUGUUUGUUGUUUGGGAGGGAAACCCACCUUUUGCUUUUUAAAAAAAUUCAUUCUAAAAAUAUCAGAAGUCCUCCGGGAUCCCAAAGGUGGUCUUGUGUCCCCUGGGAUGCCCAGUGAGUCCAAGGUUGCCAAGGUGGGUGACACAAUUCCUUUGAAAAGGGAAGGUUGCCAAAAGCCACCCCUCAGCAGGUCGAGCUUUGCAUAUCUGCCUGGAAAUGGAAAACAUGGAAUUGUCUGAGACCAAGCAGAGGGAAGGGAAGGGAGAUAGCUGCCAACUUCCCUCCCCAAGAAAUCCCUCAAUGAUUUAGGGUCGCACGACCCUUCUAGCUCAACACCGUUUUGCCUUUCUUGUGCUCUUUGAUCACUGGGGAUAGCUGAAGGAUGGCCACCUCUCCUCCCUGGUAUUGGGGGGCAUUGAUCUGUCCUAGGCCAUUCCCCCGGACUGUGAGAGUGGCAGUAAGGUGGGCACUCUUAACACCAACAAUAUCACUGCCAAGAUGCAAGGUGCAAGAGAUACCAAGGCCAGUCUGAUGUUGCUGAGCUGGAUGAUGUUUCCUUGCCUUUGAUGGUAUUGGUCCCACGGCCAAAUUAAGUUGCUGUGAACCAGUCCAGACCUCUUUGGGCACCAUUCCCAUAGCUGUUCCAUGGCUUACUCAAUGCACAAGAAUGAGAGAGAGUGAAGCAAUGCCAUCUUGGUGAGAGCUGAAGCUGUUGGUGUGCAUCUGCUCCCCAAUUAGUAACCCAUUAUCCAUUCUCUCACAUGGUCUCUUUGGGGCAUCUGCUUUCCAUGGGGCAGUCAGAUUCCUUUCAGGCCACCCUGGAGAGCCCAAGAAGCAGACCAAAGCAAAUGCAACCUUAAGAAGCCUCUCAUCCCUGGAGGGGCUGUAAGCAAGCCUUUCCAAGGGUUGUUUCCAUCUUGGGUGGAAUCAUGGAGAUGGGGGACACCUCCCAGCAUCCAUGGCUACCUUUCAGGGGAUUCUGGGAUGCCCUGCUCCCUGUGCCGCUGGGAUAGGUUUGUGGGCACCAAUGCUCCAGAGUGCAAAAAGGGCAGAGUUGCAGGAAGGAGGGUGCAGUUGUGGAUGCUGUGCAUGCCACAUAUUGACACCUUCCUUUUCAUGGAAGCCUGGUCCCUUGCCUUUAAGGCUUGCUGGAUGAGGGACUUGAACCCGUUGCCCACUGACACUGUCCCAUCAACUCAGGCACCAAGGAAAGUUCCUUUUUAGGGGGUUGAGAGGGAACAGUUGUUUAGCCGCAAAGCCUUCCCAGUUUCCAAGGUGGCUGCGUCUAAGUGCAGUCCAUGGUUUCUGCAGGUGGCUGUUCCUUUCAGUCCACCCAGCAGCAAAAUAAAGGCGAAGUUCUCACACAAAACAUUGCAAACAGUUGCGAUGACACUGUGUUGAAAGAGGAACCCAGCAGAACCGCCAGCCUUGAGGUGUGGUGCUGUGUCUCCUCAAAGCAGCCAAAACAAACCCCUUUUGGCCCCAAUCCAUGGCCAGGGCUGGCUGGCACCUGCAAAACCUCCGGAGCCAACGCCUCGGUCCGCCUUCAGCGAUCCGGGGAAUUCAGUCUGGGAGUGUCUGAUUUCAGGAGGGUCAGGCUCCAAACCACUCGUCGCAUAAAAGGGGAUGAAAAGUGGAAUUUCGGCGCUCUGUUCCUAAUUAAGAUUUUGUUCUAAGUAAUGCAGAACCAUCCCUUCAAAAGGAAAUUAAUCAGCAGAAAAUGUGUGCGUGUGCGUGUGUGUGUGUGUGCUCAUUGUAUUUCUUUAGAAAACUAAAGUCACUUAAUAGUUUUUAAAAUCCCCUUUAAUGUCCAUGAAUUGUGUGUGUCCUCUGCAGCGGAUGGUGUUACAGUAUUCUCUCUCUCUUUCUUUGCAUACGUGUCAGCAGCCACAUACCAUUGUUAAUGGGAAUUCAGUUUAGCAAUAUGGGGAAGCCUCCCACCCUAAAUGCCUGGGCAUUUAUUUCGAGGAGAUGGUAGGAGAAGUGCCAAUGGACCCAUGUGCCAUUGGGUGCUUGCGUCCCUAAGGUUUUCUGUGUCUUUUGGGUCGCAUCUGCACAAUAAUCUCAGUCCAGCCUCCUAAUCUUGCUCCUUUGCUGGCUAAUGGAAGCCCAUCUUGGACUGCCUUUUGCAAAGAUGGGAAAGGGCAGCCCUGGGGAUGGCUGGCGGCCAUUUUCCCGGACGUAACCCCUUCCAGCGGGUCAGAAGGGAGCUCCUCUCGAGAAAAACCCACAAGCGCUUGCGUCCCGUCGGUCCCAAGUCAUGGCACUUCUUCCAUCCUGCUUUCCAACCAUAAGUGAGAAAGAUGGACUCUCUCUGUUUCAAUGAUAUUUUUGUGUUGGUUCUUUUCGCUUUUUAAAAAUCUUUUAUAUGUUUGUUUUUUAAAAAAAAAGCAAGUUUAUUUUUCUUCAGAAAAACAACUUCAACUGCUUCGUCCUACUUUUCCUCCUCCUCCCUCACUUUUUCUCUUUCUCCUGCUCUUCGUUCUCUUCUUCUUCCCUUUCUUUUCUUCUUCCUUGUGUUUUCCUUCUUCAUCCUUUGAUUCCUCUUCCUCAUCCAUCCUUCUCUUUCUUCUAUAUUUUAAUCGUGAUCAUUCUCUGUGGUUGUGCUAAAAAUUGUAGAUCAGAAUGUGAAGUUGGCACUUUGGUACCAUCCUAAGAGCAGAGGGCAGCAUUGGCAGCUGGUUAUUGAAAUCUGCCCAACAAUUUGCCCUCUCACAUAAAACACUUUUCACUUAGAUGAGAGGUUGAUAUGCCCAGGAGCACUUGGCCUUUCUGCUGUUGGUAAAGCCAGCUAGAGUAUGGCCAUUGAGUCAAUGGGAUUUGCCAUUCCCCAGUUCAUUCUUUGGGUCUGCUUGAAAUGGAGGUACCAUUCAGAUCCAGGGCCCUGUUGCAAAAGUGCACCCUUCCUUUUGGUUGCUGGACCCAUCUGCUCCUCUCACACUGUAGAAUUGUGGCCCUUGAAGUCGCGGCAAAACAACCCAGGAGAUGCCAUCUUCAGAGACUUCCAGUUGGGUAAUGGCAGCAGCUGUAAUGCACCCCAAAGCUGGAAACCCUUUUGAAAACUGGGGUGCUUCAAGGGUGCUGGAAGCAUUGAGGAGACCAAGGGGCUACCCCAAAAGUGCCAGAAAAGUCCCAAAACUGCAAGGAAAGUGGAGCAGACUCUGACCUUUGGGGCCUCCUGUUCCCAUCCUUCAUGCGGGACAGAGGCACUCCAAAAAUGCUUCUGCUUCAUUGGCAUCUUUUUGGCUCAAACCACAAGCAAACCCAGCACCGAAACAUCUCAGUACUCUUGUUUAUCAAUUGCUCGUAUACAUAUUUAUAUAUAUAUAUAUAUAUACACACAUGCACGCACAUAUACACACUCAUAAGCAACAUAUAUAUAGGUAGUUCCUUUCUGGGUAUUUUUUGGUUAUUUUUUAUUUUGGAGGGAGUACUUUUGUAAAGUAAUGUGUUUAAUAAAAAGGGUGGUGGUUGUUGUUAUUAUUUGCACAAGUCAUUGCACAAAAAAAGAGGGAACGGAUUCAUAGGGCAUUUUGAGUUUCAAUGGUGGUCAAGGGAUCUUUUUCUUGUCGCUGGCAAACGGGGGCUGCAUGGGUUGACCGGUUGACCCACGUUUCGGUAUUUGCAUGUUGAUUUGAACUGUGUGUUUAUUCUCCUGCCAUAACUUUUAUUAAAACAGUGUC